CAAGUAAAUACGAGUGCGGUCACAUUACAAGCUUACGACGGUAUCCUGCAAGUGAUUACCUUCUGGCACUUGAUACAUUCAGAGGAUUGUUCAUUGUCAAUCCUGUAACCGGAGACUUUCGACUUUUAUAUUCAACCAACACGCCCGUCAAUGGGAGGCGACCCGUACACUUGAACGACAUGGUUGUGACUUCAUCUGGUGUGGUCAUCAUAAGUGAUUCUAGCGAUGUCUAUAAUGUUGACUAUGAUAUAUACAUCUGUAUGGACGGGCGACCUACUGGAAGGAUGCUAGCUUUAGACCUACCCACAGGACGAAUGACUGAAUUUCUGUUAGGACUCUUCAACUUCCCGAAUGGACUCGAACUCACGCCAGAUGGAGACUUGCUAGUUGGGGAAACCUGUCGGGCGACAAUACACAGGGUCAGUCUGAAAAGAAACUCCUGGCUCCGCGUGGAUCCCUUCUCCGUCAACCUGCCCGGUUUGCCAGACAACAUCCGGUCGUCAGGACGCGGCACCUACUGGGUGGCUAUGACGUAUGCCAGACACUCGGGAGUCAACAAUCCGUUGGAUGAGAACUCUAGAGUUGCGGAAUUUCGUGGAUUGGGGUUUCAAUGGAUGUCACUGAAGGAGCUGAGAGACCUCUUUACCAAAUGGGGCGUUGUGGUGGAACUGGACGACACGGGAGCAAUCAUUGGCAGAAACACCCUGAACAUGAUCACGGAGGUGAAUGAAUUCGGCGGUGUUCUCAAUAUCGGCAGCCAUAUUGUGAAUUAUACCACCCGAGUCGUGUUGCCAGCGGAAACCGGAAUCAAAACAUCUGUGGACAGUUUCAUCCAGAUAAAGCGAAGCCGCUGUGAACUACCGGACUCCCAAGUGGCAGAUGUCAGAAGACAACUAUUACAAAGAGAACAAGGAGGUCUGGAUUUAUCAAUGGAACCUGCAACUACACCACCACACUAG